GCAGGUCAGAUUCUUGGCACUAACCAAGCCAUUCCUGGAGUUAUGCCAAACUUGUUUAAUUUAGGCACCGGACAGCAAUUUGGUGCUAUUCCUGUUAUGCCUGUUCCAGCAAUGACUCAACAGGCUACCCGGCAUGCUCGGCAAGUUUAUGUUGGAGGGCUACCCCCUACAGAAAAUGAACAGUCUGUUGCGAUCUUCUUCAACCAGGUUAUGGCCAUGAUUGGAGGAAACACAGCUGGUCCAGGGGAUGCAGUGGUUAAUGUAUAUAUUAACCAUGAAAAGAAGUUUGCUUUUGUGGAGAUGAGGUCUGUUGCAGAGGCCAGUAAUGCAAUGGCAUUAGAUGGGAUUAUAUUUGAGGGGGCUCCUGUGAAAGUGAGAAGACCUACUGACUCCCAUCACUUGCUGCAACUCUUGGUCCUAGCCAGCCCAGCCCCACUCUUAACCUAGCUGCUGUUGGUCUUACUCCUGGUUCUGCUCUAGGUCUUGAAAGUCCAGACAGAAUAUUUGUGGGUGGGCUCCCUUAUUACUUCACAGAAGUACAGAGCAGGGAGUUGUUGGAGUCUUUUGGGCCUCUUUGUGGUUUUGAUCUAGUACAAGAUAGAGAAACUGGAAACUCCAAAGGCUAUGCAUUUUGUGUUUACCAAGAUCCUUCUGUUACAGACAUAGCUUGUGCUGCUUUGAAUGGAAUUAAAUGGGUGAUAAAACUCUCACUGUAAAGCGUGCAAACCAGGGUGCAAAUCAACCUAAACCUGAGCAAGAGAAUUUAUUGUUCCAGGCACAGCAGAUUGCCAUGCAGAGGCUUCUGCAACCUCAAAGUGCUGCUACCAAGCUUGUAUGUUUGACUCAAGCUCUUAGUGAAGAUGAUCUCAAAGAUGAUGAGCAGUAUGAAGACAUUGUGGAGGAUAUGAGACAAGAGGUUAGAAGACAUGGUAUAUUGGUGAAUGUCAUCAUCCCACGUCCAAACCCAAAUGGAGAACCAUCACCAGGUGUUGGAAAGGUGUUUUUGGAGUACUCAGAUGUAGAUGGUGCCAAAAAAGCCCUCGCAGCAAUGAAUGGAAGGAAGUUUGGCGGGAAUCAAGUUGUGGCAGUCUUCCAUCCAGAGAAAAAAGUUUGCUCAGGGGGAGUAUGAAGGCUAGUUAGUGUCAUUUGAAUUUCACAUGAAAUGGUGGAGCUAUCAGUUUUAUACUGGCUUUCUACUUUGAUUUUCAAGUCUGAGGAAGAGAAAUGCGAGUUGGGUCUCGUCUUCGUGUCAAUUCUUGUAAAGGAAAAAAAAGGGUUUUUGUAAUAAUUUUGCUCUUUAUUUUUAGGUUACUCAUGCGGCAGGGAUUGCAAUGAUAGCUCUAAACAGAUUAGUAGACGUCAGAGUUCAGAGAUUACUAAGUCAUUAAUUUCAGUAUUCUUAGUGACUAUUAUUAACUGGCCAAAACCAUCUAUAAAACCAUUCACUUGCU